ACCAAAAAAAAAAAAAAGUGACAUUGUUAAUAAUAACACCUGACAAUAUCCAUUAUGCCAGCAAAAAUAUCCCCAGUGCAUCCCUUUAUUGCUACAGCCACUCUCAACUAUCUUUUAUUUAUCCCUUGACUACAACACUCACACGAUCAGGACCCGGGAGACGAACUACAACACAGCCGCGCAUCCCACUCCGGGACUUCCGCAAAGCCUCGGACACCGCCCUUCCGCCGUGGCCGACCAACCGUCGCCUGAGGAUCUAGCUACUUCCGCUUGCCGGGGGGAGGGGAGGGGACGCGCCCGAACCCGGAAGUGCCGGCCUCGUUUCCAUCGCCGUCCAGUCCGACAUGGCGGACCUCCACCGCCAACUGCAGGACUACCUGACGCAGGGUAAAGCCAACCGGCCGGCGGCUGCGGAGCCGCUGCUCGCCGCGACGGCCGCCGAGGAGCCUGCGGCCGGGGACCGGGCCGCCGGGGCGUGGCUCGGCCGCUCGGCUCUGCCGUGGCCGUGGGCGCGGAGCCCCGCCGAGCCGCCGCCGCCCGCCGGCCCGCGGUGCCUCCCGACCGUGACCCGCGGGCAGCGCCUGGCGGCCGGCGGCCUGGGUCUGCUGCUGGCCGCGCUCUGUUUCGGCCUGGCGGCGCUCUACGCGCCGGUGCUGCUGCUGCGCGCGCGCAAGUUCGCGCUGCUCUGGUCGCUGGGCUCGGUGCUGGCGCUGGCGAGCGCGGCGCUGCUGCGGGGCGGCCCGGCCUGCGGGCGCCUGCUGCGCGGCGAGGAGACGCCUUCGCGGCCCGCGCUGUGCUACGCGGCCGCCCUGGGCGCCACGCUCUACGCGGCCCUGGGCCUGCGCAGCACGCUGCUGACGGCGCUGGGCGCCUGCGCACAGGUCGCCGCCCUGCUCUACGCGCUGCUGGGGCUCCUACCCUGGGGCGGCGUGACGGCGCUCCGCCUAGCGCUGGGUCGCCUGAACCGUGGGGCGGGCCUAGCCAACGCUCUCCCGGUGUGACAGCCCCAGUCGUCGGAAGCGGAACCAGCCCGGCGCGAGCGACGGUGCAGGCACCGCCGCACUCCACGGUGCCCAAGCGUGCAAGGACGGGGCACCAACUGGACCGUGCUACGGAGUCCCUGAGCUUGGAGCACCUGCCACGAACUGACCCAGGCUGGCGGGUCUCGAAAGAUCCCUGGGCUUCAGCAUUCUGAGGUUCUGGGCAGCAUGCUCCCCGAAAAGACUGGAUUACCUGAUUGGUAAACACUGUGCUGUGGAACUGGUUUCCAACUAACUGGCUUUACAUUUAAGGGAGGAAAAGAAACAAAUAGCUUUUUGACUUGGCUGCUUUAGUGGCUUUGGAAGAACUGCCAUCUCCUCUUUGUCAUUUAAAAAAAAAAAAAAAAGCAGUGGUAUAUGUGGUUGAGCAUAAGGUUUCCGUUUGGCCGCUCCUUUUCAAAGCCUCCUUAUUGCUAUUCACUGUAAAUCAAUCCAGAUUAUCAGAUUAAACACUAAAUUUAGUCACUGGAUUUAAAAUAGUGAGUAGUUAAUACAUUCUACCUCAGGUUUUGUUUUGUUUUUUUUUUUCUUCAGUUAAGUAGUAAAUACGGUGCUUUAUAUUUAAGGAAAAUUAAUUGUAAAAGCAAUAGACCAAAGAGCAAUUUCCUGGAUCAAGAAGCCAAAUAUCCAGUAUGAUGCGUGCAAAGUUUACAAGGGUUUCUGCUUAGGAAUCCUGGGACUACAGGAAAAUCUUACACCUGCAGUUACUGUAUUUGCUAUAAAUGAGGUUUUGCCAAGUGUUCAGUAUUCCUAACAUUGCUUUUUAAAGUACUAUACAAUUUGGUACUAAUGCAAUGUAAAAUGCUAUUCAUAUAUAAUUGUUUUGUUUUUGUUGUGCUGGGGUGAAUCAACAUUUAAAUCUAUCACAGUCUAUUGUCAAAAACUGGGUUCAGUAUUGAGUCUUGAUACACUAGCAAGUGAAGUGUAUUUAGAAGCUUAUAAUUUUAUCAGUGGUUCUCAGACUACACUUGCACAUCAAAAGAAGCCACAUUUCAUCAGUUCCUUUGUAAUACUGGUGGAUUGUAUAAUGUUUUCAUGUUCAGCUAAAUUGAGAACCACUUCUGUGCUCUGACUGACUUGUACAACGUGAAAGUUAACUGGUUUCCAGGCUGCCCAAAUGUUGCCUUAACAGGAUAAGGUCAGACAUCAGCAAAUUGCUACUGGCUGCAGUCCCCCAAGAUGUGAUUCCACAUUGGCUAAUACCCCUCCAUAGACUUCCCAGCUACCAUUCUCUCGAUCGCUCCCAGGCAGUAAAUAGGAAAAGAAAGGCUGUCUGCAAGUAGUGAUGUGCACAUUGUUGUGUUACUAUACUCAAGAUAUUAAAAUUGUCUCAGGAAUUCUUUACUUGAAAGUUAAGUUUUAUAAAUUCUAAGCACAACAUCUUAUAUUUUGACAGCAGUAUUCAAAAUGCUAUAUGUAAAUUUUUAUUGUAUAAUGUAGAGGUUUAUAAAUGAAAUCAUUCUCAAAAUGUGA